AUGGAGCGGAAGAGGUGGGAGUGCUCAGCUCUCCCCCAGGGCUGGAAAAGGGAAGAAGUGACCAGAAAGUCGGGUCUGUCAGCCGGCAAGAGUGAUGUCUAUUACUAUAGCCCGAGUGGGAAGAAGUUCCGAAGCAAACCUCAGCUAGCCCGUUACCUGGGAAGCUCCAUGGACCUGAGCACUUUUGACUUUCGAACAGGGAAAAUGCUCAUGAGUAAGAUGAACAAGAAUCGGCAGCGGAUGCGCUAUGACUGCUCUAACCAAGCCAAAGGAAAACCAGAUUUAAAUACAGCACUCCCUGUCCGGCAGACGGCAUCCAUCUUCAAACAACCUGUUACCAAGAUUACUAACCAUCCCAGUAAUAAAGUAAAGAGUGAUCCACAGAAGGCUGUGGACCAGCCUCGACAGCUUUUUUGGGAAAAGAAGCUAAGUGGAUUGAAUGCCUUUGAUAUUGCAGAAGAGCUUGUGAAAACAAUGGAUCUUCCUAAAGGUUUACAAGGGGUCGGCCCAGGUUGCACUGAUGAAACCCUCCUCUCUGCCAUUGCCAGUGCUCUGCAUACUAGCACAAUGCCCAUCACUGGGCAGCUCUCAGCUGCUGUUGAAAAGAACCCUGGAGUAUGGCUUAAUACCUCCCAACCACUCUGCAAAGCAUUCAUGGUGACGGAUGAAGAUAUCAGGAAACAGGAAGAACUUGUCCAGCAGGUGAGAAAGAGGCUGGAGGAGGCACUGAUGGCCGACAUGCUCGCUCAUGUGGAAGAGAUUGCCAGGGACGGGGAUGCCCCUGGAGAAAAGGGUGCUGCAGAGGAGGAGGAGGAAGACGAGGAAGAGGAGGAAGAGCAGGACCAAGACCACGAGAUGGAGAAUGUAUAGUCCAGGAAGAUCCAGCCAAGAUUUGCCUGUAAAGCAGUAGCAGGGCCAGCACAACCAUUCCCAAAGCCAGGAGUGUCCAAGGACUAAACUGCAUCUACCAUACUUAGGAACAAGUUCCCUUGACCACUAGAGGAAAGAGUUGGGCAUCAGAGAGUAAAUAUUUACUCUUUUGAAAGACACUUCCCCUCUUUCCCUUCCCACAUCAAAGGUGGGGAGGAACCAAGUGGGUUAUGCUAGACACAAUCUCCCCUUCUUAUUUAGGGGUCAUGAGUUCAGUAUGGUAAAUUUUCCCAGGCCUUUGGUACCUUUAACUUUUUGACCUAGGUUCAGCAUUUUCUCUCUCCUUCUGGGUCUUUUUUAAAGUAAGAGAGGUGCUUCUUCACUGCUUGGUCCCUCCCCAAUACCCUGCUUGAUAAUACCCAACUCUUGAGAGAUCAUUUUUAUGUUUUGGAUUGUUGUUCCAUGUGUGAAUUCAGGUCAUUGACUUUCAUACCCAGAUUGAUCUUGGGGAAAGGCCAGGGAAUAAAAUAAGGGUGUGGCACUCUUCCAGCCUGCUUCUCCCAAAUCCAAUGCCAGAAUUCCUUUAUGAAAUACUCAGAACUGAAGCUAGUAUAAGCUGGGAAGACCUGCAGGAAACAGAUUCACCUUCAUGCUAAAUUUCCUCAAACUUACUCUAAUUCUGUAUUGUACUUACGUUAUUCUGCAUCAUGGAACGAGGCUGCCAACAGGAGAUAAUCCCAGAAUAGCUUAUUCCUGGGGCCUUCAGCAUCCCGUAGGUGGGGGAGCAGAAGAGAGAAGUGCUCUGUGAAAUGGUCAGUAUGAUGUUCCAAUUGAGGUUGGGGAGAUGCUUCCAAGCAGGACAGAAGCUCCAUCAGUAAGAAGAGAGGGACCGUCGCUGCUGCCACCCAUGCAGGAGAGUGGUAUGGAAGGUGUCGCCUACACUUUCUUUGCCUGAAGCUGUGAUGGUCUCAACUUCAUUUUUUAAAAGUUCACCUUUCUUUAAUAAAUUGAUAAUAUCAACUGAA